AUGGCUACUAACAUCACUUGGCACGACAACUUGACCCACGAUGAGCGUGCAGGCCUCAGAAAACAAAGAGGUGUCACAGUUUGGUUGACCGGCUUGUCUGCCAGUGGAAAAUCGACCAUUGCUUGUGCUAUUGAACAGGCCUUGUUGCAGAGAGGCUUGAAUGCCUACAGAUUGGACGGCGACAACAUCCGUUUUGGCUUAAACAAGGACUUGGGAUUUUCUGAGGAAGACAGAAAUGAAAACAUCAGAAGAAUUUCCGAGGUUGCCAAGUUGUUCACUGACUCUUGUAGUGUUACUUUGACUUCAUUCAUUAGUCCAUACAUCAAAGACAGACAGACUGCCAGGGAGUUGCACGAAAAGGACAACUUGCCAUUUGUUGAGGUCUACGUCGACGUUCCAGUUGAGGUUGCUGAGCAAAGAGAUCCAAAGGGUUUGUACAAGAAGGCCAGAGAGGGUAUUAUCAAGGAGUUCACUGGAAUCUCUGCCCCAUACGAGGCUCCAGAGAAGCCUGAGGUGCACUUGAAAAACUAUGACGGCCAGAGCAUCGAGGAAAGCGCGCAGAAGAUCAUUGCUUACUUGGAGGAGAAGAAAUACAUCUAA